GACGUGGCGUGGGCGGGGCUUGAGCGGCCGCCCGGGCGACGGCGCGACCGAGCAUCCUGGAAGCUCCGGGCCACGAGGAGGUAGCUGGCGGGUCCGAGGAGGCCAUACUAAACACAGGUGUACAGGAACCAUUUACCAUGGAAGCACAGGAGCUUGGGAGCCCCACACCCACCUACCAUCUUCUCCCCAAAGCCAACCAGCACACUGUAAAAGAAGAUGCCAGCUCACCAUCUCAAGGGUCUCCAGAAACGAUGCAGCUGAAGAAGGAGAUCUCCUUGCUGAACGGGGUCAGCCUGGUGGUGGGCAACAUGAUUGGCUCAGGGAUCUUUGUCUCACCGAAGGGUGUCCUCAAGUACACUGCUUCCUAUGGGUUGUCACUUAUAGUGUGGGCCAUUGGUGGGCUCUUCUCUGUCGUGGGUGCCCUUUGCUAUGCAGAACUGGGGACCACCAUCACCAAAUCAGGGGCUAGCUAUGCUUAUAUUCUAGAGGCCUUCGGGGGCUUCAUUGCCUUUAUCCGUCUGUGGGUCUCACUUCUAAUUGUUGAGCCCACCAGUCAGGCCAUCAUCGCCAUCACCUUCGCCAACUAUAUCAUCAAGCCCUCCUUCCCCACCUGUGAUCCUCCAUAUGUGGCCUGCCGUCUCCUCGCUGCUGCCUGCAUAUGUCUGCUGACAUUUGUGAACUGUGCCUACGUCAAGUGGGGCACACGAGUACAAGACACUUUCACGUAUGCCAAGGUCCUGGCACUCAUUGCCAUCAUUAUCAUGGGCCUUGUUAAACUGUGCCAGGGACACACUGAGCACUUUCAGGACGCCUUUAAAGGUUCCUCGUGGAAUGUGGGAGACCUCUCUCUUGCCCUGUACUCUGCCCUCUUCUCUUACUCAGGUUGGGACACCCUUAAUUUUGUAACAGAAGAAAUCAAAAACCCAGAAAGGAAUUUGCCCUUGGCCAUUGGGAUUUCUAUGCCAAUUGUGACACUCAUCUACAUCCUGACCAACGUGGCUUAUUACACAGUGCUGAACAUUCAGGAUGUCCAUAAGAGUGACGCUGUGGCUGUGACAUUUGCUGACCAGACGUUUGGCAUGUUCAGUUGGACCAUCCCCAUUGCCGUUGCUCUGUCCUGCUUUGGGGGCUUAAAUGCAUCCAUCUUUGCUUCAUCAAGGUUGUUUUUCGUGGGCUCUCGUGAGGGCCACCUCCCGAACCUUCUGUCCAUGAUCCACAUUGAGCGCUUUACACCCGUGCCUGCAUUACUGUUCAAUUGCACCAUGACACUUAUCUACCUCGUUGUGAAGGACGUUUUCCUGCUCAUCAACUACUUCAGCUUCAGCUACUGGUUCUUCGUGGGCUUGUCUGUUGUUGGACAGCUCUACCUUCGCUGGAAAGAACCUGACUGGCCUCGACCUCUCAAGCUGAGCCUCUUUUUUCCCAUCGUGUUCUGCGUCUGCUCCUUGUUUCUGGUGGCCGUACCCCUCUUCAGUGACACCAUCAAUUCCCUCAUUGGCAUUGGGAUUGCCCUCUCUGGGGUCCCUGUCUACUUUUUGGGUGUAUACCUGCCAGAGUCCCGGAGACCACUCUUUAUUAGGAAUGUGCUAGCUACUGUCACCAGAGUCACCCAGAAGCUUUGCUUUUGCGUCUUGACUGAGCUAGAUGUAGCUGAAGAGAAAAAUGUUGAGAGGAAAACUGAAUAGAAGCAGAGAUGACAUUCCCUGAAGCCCAAAAGGCUGUGGCCGCAGCCACCAAAGACCAGUUCCCUAAACCUUCUGAAUUAAAGGAGCCUCUUGGCCCACAUUCUGUGAGGGGGCUCAGGGCCAAUGCUCUCUCAUUGGUAAGCUAUGGGAAGAUACCAAUCAGGCCAGCCUGAAGAUGGGGACUUCAGUGGGAGGGGAGGUUGGGCGGGGCAUUGAUUUAGUUUUACUUCUGAUGAGUAGACGCAGCCCUGAAGGAAUAUUAGACUGACAGCUCUGGCUCUUGAUUCACAGCUCUUUGUAGUUUAAACCAGGAGUCUACAGUGGGGCCCUUCAUGGGAAGUUUUCCUCUGACCCUCUGACCAAGUCCAGCUACUUGAUUUUUAGAGGUCUGAAAUACUACCAUUUCUUCCUGUGGCUCAAAAUUCUUCCUUGAGGAGAGCGUUGUGUUCCCCUUUUUGUUUGUUGGGUGGCAUGAACAGCAAGGCGCUGUGUAACUGACAUGGGAUCAAUGUGUGCCUCCUUCCUGAAUUCCACAAGAGGAACAACAGUCCCUCCCUCCCUCCCUCCCUCCCUCCCCGGAACCUCACGGUCAAGCAAACAGUUAGCUUGAUGGGAAGACGACUGUUGAGGAUCUAGGCAUGAGAGCCCUCUAACUCGUGGAUCCGAAUGUUGGUGUGUCUUUGGGAUCUCACUGUGUAUAGAGUCCCCUCUCCUUGAGGAGGGGCUGCCUGUCUGACCUUGCUUAGGUCAGUAUGGUCAGGAUUCUCAGGCAAGGAGGUGAGCUUCUGGCUUUUCAAGGAAUUGGACUGGGCCACUUGAUUGUGCCCUUCCCAGCUGAAUCCAUGGUGCUGUGGAGCCCUUGAAACAAGGGCUGAGAGAAAAACCUCACUACUCCAGCUGAGUGGAGCGUCUCUACUACCUGGACAAGCCACAACUGUCACCAAAUUUCAACUCCUGUAUGUCAUUAUUUAUUGAUAAUUAAUCCAGGACACCAGUUGUAACAAACCAUUAGUGAUCAUUUCUCUAUAGGAUGCAAUAAGUGAAUUAUGUUUGUAUCUUAGCUGGCCUGGUUGCACACAUCUGUAAUCUGAACUUGGUAUGCUGAGGCAUAAGGAGUUUGAAUUUGAGGCUAAUUUAGGCUACAUAAUUUCCAGGUAGCAGCCACUCUGGAAAGAUCAGACAAGAUCUUGUCUCACCAUAUACCUGUUAUACUUUAAUAUACAGAUAAGUCACAUGUUAUUAUCAUCUGGCUCAGAUCCAGCAAGGACAGAUGAGCAACUUCAUGAGUCAUAAUACUGCUAUUUUGAAGGACAAUCCUUUGUUUUAUUAAGACUGUAGAUCUUUGUUCUACUUGACAUAAAAUAAAUCUUUGGAUUUUUGGUAUGAACUGCAAGAGGCCUGGAAUGUUCUACAUAAGGUGUUACGCAAAAUUCAGGUAGAUAACCUGAUUUAUCAGUUGUCACUGGACUCCUGGAUUCAAGUCAAAUAGUUUGUUAUCUUUAAGAGCCUGUGCAAGAUUGGCUAUGUAUGGACUCACAAAGCUCACUUUGCUGGAAGUGGUCACUAAUUUCCUGAAAGCACCAAGCUUUGUUUACAUGCUGAACCAUCUUGGGUCAUGGGACAGUACCUGCUUGCCUUCUCUUGUCCAAGGGCUGGGCAGGUGAGAUUGAAGUGUCAGGAAAUGCUUGGUACUUGUGCAUUGGUUUUCUCUCUAUGAAGAUCGAUGAAGACUGUGGGAGAAAACAGCUUCCACCUCAGCCUCGCUCCUGGUAAAUGGUAGAAACAGCUAAUUCUGGUGAUCAGACUAGGCUGCCAGUUAAAGCCAAAACAAUAGGCUUGGAUCUCUGUGAGCAGUGUGUCUACACAAGAUUGUAGAACUCUCUUGAUGCCCUUAGACAUUGCCACCUUGGACACAGAAGAACCUGCUAUGCUGUCUUGGCAUCCUUCAAGGACAUUUCAAGUUUUAGAAUUUGUGAACAAUACAGAUAGUAACUAUGUGGCAGUCUCCCAAUACCAAACUGGCUCUAGACUCACAGUAACCUUGGAUAUAUGCUUGCUCAAUAAAGACUUAGGGGACCCUGUCUAAUCACAGUUGCCAUUGGUUCUGGACAUGCACCUGUGAGAGGGUGACAUUCCUACUGUCAUGGGUUGGGAAUCCUGUCUGAUAAGGAGUUUUGUGUAAAGACUGACUUGCCUAAACCAUACAAGCAUGAUUCAUAUCUGAGCUAAGCUGUUGUCCAUUCCAAGGCUCUGCUAGAGCAAAGCUUUUAAGCAAGUUAUGACCCUGGUUUAAGUGGUCUUUGGCCCUUAACCAGCUUAUCUCAGGAAUUUGCUGCCCUCCAGUGGUUUCUAAAAGCAGGGACCUCACACUGAAGGUGCUCUAGUACUUCCUUAGUGAGCCAUGUUCUCAUCGUCACUUGACUGAUAGCAUUUUUUUUCUUUCUAAGCUCAACACAGCUUCCCCCAGGAACCCUUUCUGUGGGAAAGAAGCCAGACUUCUACAGCAUUCAAGCUUGAUAGUGGAAUUCUUCCCACCAGGUCUUUUGUCUCUUUGAAUCACCUCUCAGUGUGCUAAUCCCAUUUACAGUGGUGCAUUGUUCUCCUCUUAUAGUAGGUACAGCCUGUGAAGUUGUUGGCUCUUUAAUGUUAACGUUAGCAUAACAGUGAGCACACUGCAGUGGCAAAUAGAAUUUUACUCCUGCUUAUAUGCCUACAGAUCAAGAUGACUAGUGUUAGAUACCACAUUGCUGCCUAUUGCUCAAAACACUGAAUUGUUGAGUAACUGAGAUAGUUGUUGGUUUGAUUAGUUCCAAUAACCACUUGGAUAUACAAAUGAGAUCACUUCGACAAGUUUAAUAACUCCUACAUAGGUAAGUGAAAGGAUGUGUAGAAAUGUAUGAACUUAUAAGUACUUGGAAGAAGGCAUCUGUGUUACUUUCCCAUGGAUCUUUCCCAGGAAGAGGGUAUUUGCUGAAUUGAAUGUUGCAUGUUACUUCCCUACACCUAGUGUCUGCUACAGUAACUAGUCACAUGUAACUAAAAUCUAGCCAGUUUGAUAAGUGUCCAUGCAUUACACUAGCACUUGGAAGAUUAAGGCAAGAUUGCAACUUACAUUUAACCCCCUCCCCCCAAAAUGCUGGUUGUGGUGGCUCAUGCCUUUAAUUCCAGCACUAGGGAGGCAGGGGUAGGUGGAUCCCUUCUGAGGCAGCCUCAUCUACACGGAGACUGUAUCACCCCCUCCCCAAACAAAAAUCGUUGAAGUUUCUCAGUUGCCCUAAUCAUAUUUCAAGUGCUCAAAAGCCACACAAGUGUACCGUGCAUACACAGAACAUGCUGUGGGAAGUUUUAUUGGACAAUACUACAUCUAGGGCUAAGGCAGCUGAGAUGCUGAGUUCUGGUGACAGUGUCCUAUUGAUGAUACAGUUGGCCUUCCAUGUAUUUACUAAUUUACAUGGCCCUGCAUUUACUAAUUUACAUUUUGGGGCAAUGUGCCUAUAUGGAAGAUUUACUCUUAUUCUCCAAAGAGUUGUGGUAUAAUAAUUUAGUGUUUACAUUCGAUUUUUAUAAUCUGAAGAGGCAUAGACUUUGUGGACAUACUGUGUCAUCUUAUGUAAGGGACUUGGUUGGACACAUGGUGGUUUUUGGCAGCCCUAGAACCAUAUAACAAGGGUGAUGUAUGUAAUGCCUUGGGUGAGUGCUAUAAACAGUUGACAUGGCCCAUCAUGUUUAAAGUUAAUUCUGAAACAUGUAAUUCACUAACCUUUUUCUAUGAGGAAAACACCUAAAACAAUCAGAUUUAAAAAA